AUGUCUGUUGAUUUUAACACUGUUGCUUCCGAGUUCUGUAACUUUUACUACCAACAAUUCGAUUCGGAUAGAACCCAAUUGGGUAACUUAUACAGAGAGCAAUCCAUGUUAACAUUUGAAACUUCCCAAUUACAAGGUGCUAAAGACAUUGUUGAAAAGUUAGUUUCUUUACCUUUCCAAAAAGUUGCACACAGAAUUUCUACAUUAGAUGCUCAACCAGGUUCACCAAAUGGUGACAUUUUAGUUAUGGUUACUGGAGAAUUAAUAAUUGACGAUGAACAAAACGCUCAACGUUAUUCUCAGGUUUUCCACCUCAUCCCUGAUGGCAACUCGUAUUAUGUCUUUAAUGAUAUCUUCAGAUUAAACUACUCUUAA